AGAAAUCGGAGUAGCUAGCCAGAGUGAAUUUACGAACGCACCCAUAUUAUCUGCAAUCCAAGGUCUAUCUAUAUAUAUAUUUACGUCAUUGGUUCACACAGGAUAUUAUGGACCCGCCCCGCCCCUCUCGCGGUCAAGCUAUCCGCUUGGGCCAAGUCACCUGCCUGCUAGCCUGGGCUUCACUGAGUAAAACAAUUACUGUGGUAUAUAUACAAUUAUGAGAUAGAGCCAAUUGUAUAGCCAAUUUGAUGCUGAAUGAAUGUCCAUCUUCAUUCUAGAGUCGUAGAAUAAAGAUAGCCUGACCGCUGUCUCUGCUACUGGUUCCCAUGGAAACCGUACGAAAGCGAGGCGGCUGGCCUGGUAUGGCGCUUGCUAGCUAGCUAAAGUAUUUCCGCUUACCUCUCUGCUCGCAGUGAGAAAGAAAGAAACGGGCUAGCUAGCUGUUGGGACGAAGCGGAGGAAGCGACAACACCGCAGAAAAGACGCUUAUUCGCGAUUAAAUAAUAAAUACAUUGGAGGAUAGUCUGGCUAUUUGAGUCCAUGACCAGAGUGUGAGAACGGAGAGGAGGGCUUGAAGGUAGCCUUUUCGUUGGUUAAGCCUUAGAGGACUGUAGAGUAUCCAGGGGAAAGAUGAGUGAUGGAAUGGUAUUGUGUGAGACGAGAGCCCUGGCCACAUCUUCCUCCUCCUCCUCCUCCUCUCCAGUCCGCAGGCUGGCUACGUCCGCACUCCUCCUCCUCUCCCUGCUGCCCCACGGACACGCAUCAGGAUGUCCGCAGCCGGUGGGUGUGCAGCAUGGGGAGAUGGUGAACCAGACUGAGGCUAACCGAGGCUCCUCCCCCCCUGGUACCCUGCUGUCCUAUAGCUGUGAGCCAGGCUACGCCCCCAAUGGACCCACCACCAUCACCUGUACCACCGCUGGAACAUGGUCCCACCAGCCUCCACACUGCAUACGCACUGAUGUGUGCCCCCCCCCCACGGAGCCAGAGAACGGAGGGUACAGGUGCCACCCGUCCCCCUGCCACCGCCUCACCCAGAAGACCGUGAUAGAGUACUUCUGUGACGAGGGCUACGCUCUGAAGGGGGACUACAAGUUCCUCACCUGUCAGAACGGGGAGUGGGACGCGGCCAUGCAGAUCACCUGCCGCCUCAGCCAAGAUAAGGAGCUGCGAUCUCCGUUGGCGAUGCCAGCUCUGUCCAUCGUAGCGUCCACAGCCUCCUCUGUAGCUCUCCUCCUGCUGUUGGUGGUGCUGUUCGUUCUCCUGCAGCCCAAGCUCAAGUCCUUCCACCACAGCAGGCGUGAGCAGGGUGUAUCAGGCCAGCCAGCCUCCAUCGUGGUGGAGGGGGUCCAGGUGGCCCUCCCCUCCUAUGAGGAGGCCGUGUACGGGAGUGGAGGUGCCUCCCUCCCGCCGCCUCCAGAGUCCCGGGUCCAGAUCGUCCUGUCUGAGGGGCCCCAGGGGGCCGAGGGCGGAGCAGAGGUGCUUGGGCCCAGCAAUAGGUUCCAGUCCCACCAUCACAGAGACAGAGAUACAGAGCUGUGCCUCCCCUCCACCUCCACAUCCUCUUCCUCCUUCCCUUCAUCCUCCCGUCACUCAGAGACAGUACUAGUCCACCAGGCCCCCUCCCGCUCCUCCUCCUCUUCGUCGUCCUGGGUUACGGAGCACGGAGGGGGUGCUUGUGGUGGUGCCGCGCCCGUGGUCACACUGGCCAGACGUAGAGACUCAGAGAGCAGCGACCAGCACAGUCUGCAAUCUGUCACCUCCGUAGACGACUUCUCUGACGAUAUCCCCCUGUUAAAGGAAGCCUGAAGCCCCCUGCAGCACAACCACUCCCCCCUACAGCUGACCAGGAAACACUGAGGCUUCUGCUGGGGCCUACUGGGGCCUUCUACCUGAACUAUACCACCCUAACCUAAAGCUCUAAACCACAGAACUACAAAAUGACCCAGCGCAGCAAAGACCGGAAUCAUGUCAAAGAAACUCAACCUCCCUCCCCCUCCACAUCUGCAACUUCUCACACGGCUCAAACACAAGAGCAGAGUCCACUUCACCCCCAACUAUUACCAACCAUGCACAGAAAUGAGACAAACGGUGAUCAACACCAGUAUCCUCUCCCUGUGUCCUGGCUACCCCUUCUGCAAUGAUCUCUAAACGACUACCCAUGUGGAGAAAAGACAAGACUACUCCCUCCCUCUCUUACUGGGAACUAACGAGCCCUUAAAACCUACUGCCCCCCCGCCCCCCAGCUUCAGAAUGGACCUCAACACAGGCAGACGGGUAGCCAGACAGACAGACAGGCUGGCAGACAGGCAGACAUCAAGUGGUUUCAGCUAAAUAUAGAUACAUAUGUAUACAUGCAUACAUACUCACAGAGUCCAGGUUUGGUACUGUCCAGGUUUGGUACUGUCCAGGUUUGGUACUGUCCAGGUUUGGUACUGUCCAGGUUUGGUACUGUCCAGGUUUGGUACUGUCCAGGUUUGGUACUGUCCAGGUUUGGUACUGUGUGUAUGUGUCACUAUGUACACAGCAGAGGCAUUUAUGUAUAGCUCUGUUACACAGAACACACUUCUCUCUAGGCCUGCACCUAAUCAACCACACUCCCAAAAGGCUUUAUCUCCAACUGCAAGGUUAGUGGCAAACAUAAUGUUGUUUUUAUCGCUGCUGCUAAUGAUGAUGAUUAUGAUUAUUAUUAUUAGUAGUAUUAUGAUGAUGAUGAUGAUGAUGAUGACUGUGGAUACAAACUUGUACUUGUGCAUUUCCCUACUCUGAGGAUAAGCAGUAUCUCUCUUGGUUUGGGCCUUGGCUUGGUUCGCUGGCGUAUGCUGCAUGUUCUCUCUACGAUGACGUCCUGCGGCCCGUAUGGUAACCCUGUCUGUCCACUCUGAAUGAAGCUAAGCAUGAAGCCCCUCUCCAACUCUGCUGCCACUCUGUGGCAUCUCCAAGUAGGGCAUUGUCUUGGGUCAGACAGCUGCGCUUUCGUCUAGUGUUGCGUAGGAGUGACGCCACCACCUGUCAGAGACCACCUAUCAGAGGGACUAGUGUUCCGUAGGAGUGACGCCACCACCUGUCAGAGGGACUAGUGUUCCGUAGGAGUGACGCCACCACCUAUCAGAGGGACUAGUGUUCCGUAGGAGUGACGCCACCGCCUGUCAGAGGGACUAGUGUUCCGUAGGAGUGACGCCACCACCUAUCAGAGGGACUAGUG